GAAAGCCCUUCACACACACACACACACACAAGUUGAUGAAAAAGGGAGUGCUGGUUUCAUGUAUUAUGGCAGUAUGCUUCCUGCUACUGCUAAAAUUUGUACAAUCUGCGCUUCCACAACAAGAAGUGGAAGCUGUUGAAGAAAUUUUGAGCUCGAUGGGUGCAACAAACUGGAGGUUCAAUGGCGAGAUUUGCCAACUUCAAGCAAUUACUAAAGUGCAAAAGCUUAAUCAAGAAGCUCUUGCUAGUGUUCAGUGUGAUGAUGCCUGCAACAAUCUUAAUUCAAGCAACUGCCAUGUCAUUAGCAUCACACACAAAUUUUAUAGUCUUGGUGGUGUUCUUCCAUCUGCACUUGUGAAGCUUCCUAAUCUCCAAACUAUUGAUUUUGCUUACAAUUAUCUUAGUGGAAGGAUACCUGCUGAAUGGGCUGCCACACGGUUGCAGUCAAUAUCUCUUCUUGGGAACCGAUUAACCGGGGAAAUACCACGAGAACUGGCUAAUAUUACUAGUCUCACAUAUCUGAACCUUGAAGGAAACCAGUUUUCGGGAGAAAUUCAUUCUGAUCUUGGGAGAUUAAGCAGAUUAGAAACUUUGAUCUUCUCAUCAAACCAGUUGAUGGGGACUUUACCAACGUCCUUUUCUGCAUUGAGAAACUUGAAGGAUUUUAGGAUAAACGACAAUAACUUAAGUGGGCCUAUACCCGAUCUUAUACAGAAUUGGAGACAACUCACAAGAUUAGAACUGAUCGGCACUGGGCUGCAGGGACCAAUUCCUUCAAACAUAUCACUUCUUGAGAAUUUAACCGAGUUGAGGAUAUCUGACUUAAAUGGACCAUCUCAGAAAUUUCCCUCGUUGAAUAAUGCUUCAGGAAUACUAAGAGUGCUAUUGCGAAAUUGCAAUAUUUCAGGAGAAAUACCUGCAUAUAUCUGGCAAAGAAGAGAUCUUCAAUUUUUGGAUGUAAGUUUUAACCAGUUGGUUGGGGAGAUAUCAAGUAAUAUCAUUGGAAGAAGUUUGAGAUAUGUGUUUUUGACUGGUAACAUGCUAAGUGGAAAUGUGCCCGACACGCUUUUGAUAGAAGGAGCUACCAUUGACCUGUCCUACAACAAUUUUACAUGGCAAGGACCGGAUCAACCUUCAUGCCGACCCAACAUGAAUCUAUAUCUUAACCUGUUUCGGAGCUCUUCAACUGGGAAAACAUUACAGGAUGUACUUCCAUGCGAAACAAAUAUCGUGUGUCCCAAAUAUGAGUGUUCUCUACAUGUCAACAGUGGCGGAUAUGAUGUAUGGGUAAGAGAAAAUAAUGUUGAAGUGCUAUAUGAAGGAGAUGCUUCAUUUAAUGGUGAUGCAGCAGGUUUUUAUAGAGGCACUAGUAAGUGGGGAAUUAGUAGCACUGGAGACUUCCUGGAUGACAACAUUCAAACUGGUCAUUACAUAGGAUCUUUGGAAGAACCAACAAACCUACCACCUCUGUAUACAACCGCACGGUUGUCUCCGCUAUCACUUACUUAUGUCAGCUAUUGUUUGGAAAAUGGAAAUUACCUUAUUAAUCUGCAUUUUGCUGAGAUACAAUUUACUAACGAUAGUACGUAUAGAAAUCUUGGGAAGCGGUUAUUCGAUAUAUAUAUACAGGGAAAACGUGUUAAAAGGGACUUUAAUAUUGAAAAUGAGGCUCACGGUAUACAAAAAGCAGUGGUGAUACCAUUCAAUGCAAGUGUGGUGAAUAAUUCCUUGGAAAUACGCCUUUAUUGGGCUGGUAAAGGAACAACGCGCAUUCCUAGAAGAGGUGUAUAUGGACCUCUUAUAUCUGCUAUUUCGGUCAACCCAUAUUUUAAAACUUGUUCCAUCAAGGGAAAGAAAAAGAGCAAAGUUGCUUAUGUUAUUUUUGGAAUUAUGGGCCUGUGUAUUGUUCUUUUUAUCUUGGCUGCAUUGUGGUGGAAAGGCUGUUUGAAAUUUAGAAAAGGGAAGGAUAAAGAUUUCAAAGGGCUGGAAUUGAAUACAGUGUCGUAUUCCCUGAAACAGCUUGAAACUGCUACAAAUAAUUUCAAUGGCACAAACAAGAUAGGGGAAGGUGGUUUUGGACCUGUUUAUAAGGGUGUGUUGCCUAAUGGAACCGUAAUAGCAGUGAAGCAGCUUUCAUCUCAUUCAAGCCAAGGAAAUCGAGAGUUCCUAAAUGAGAUUGCUUUGAUAUCUUGUUUGCAACACCCAAAUCUUGUUAAGCUACACGGGUGUUGUAUUGAAGGAGAUCAACUGAUGCUUGUAUAUGAGUACCUGGAAAAUAAUAACCUUGCCAAUGCCUUGUUUGGUUCACAUAACAGUAGCUUAACUCUUGAUUGGCCAACAAGAUUUAAGAUAUGUGUAGGAAUUGCUAAAGGUUUAGCUUUUCUUCAUGAAGAAUCAAGACUCAAAAUAGUACAUAGGGACAUAAAAGCUACUAAUGUCCUUCUGGAUAAAGAUCUGAACCCGAAAAUAUCAGACUUUGGAUUGGCUAGGCUUCAUGAGGAUGACAAAAGCCAUAUCAGCACACGAGUAGCAGGCACCAUAGGAUACAUGGCACCAGAAUAUGCACUUUGGGGUCAUUUGAGUGAGAAGGCAGAUGUCUACAGCUUUGGUGUUGUGGCUUUGGAGAUAGUGAGUGGCAAGAACAACAAUCUUUACAUACCAAAGAACGGUAGCAUUUGUCUUCUAGAUUGGGCAUGUCGGUUACAAACAAGUAAAAUGUACGAUGAGUUAUUUGAUGAAAAUCUGGGGUCCCAUAUUAUCAAAGAAGAAGCUGAAACUGUGGUGAAAGUAGCACUCUUGUGCACAGAUGGGUCUCCGUCAAGAAGACCCACCAUGUCUGAGGUUGUUAGUAUGCUUGAGGGAAGAACUUCCAUUCCUGAAAUAGUCCCAACAACAACUGGCUACACUGAAGACUUGCGAUUCAAAGCCAUGAGAGAUUUCCACGAGAGACUAAGUCAAAGUCAGUUCUCCAACACAAACCAAGCAAGUAUUUCGACGUCACCAUUGACCACUGGUAUUGAGAUUCAAAGAGAUGAGAGACUGAGUGGCAGCCAAAGUCACUAUUCUAACAUAUCUAUAACAUAAUGCCACCAUUUUAUUUUUUUUGUCAUAUUAUGAUAAUCAUAUAAAUAUAAAUAUCCAUCCUGUUCACUCCAGACAGAUUAGAAGAUGAAUAGAAGUUUCGGUCUAAACAAGUUUCACUCUAGUUAUGUGCCUUUGUUUCAAGGGAAACUUAAAUAUAAUGAUUUUUUGUGUUUGAA